AUGGUCAUUUUGCCCGAGUCUCCGCAGUGGCUUACGAAAAAGGGGAAGCUGGAAAAGGCAACCAUGUCUCUUGAGAAACCCCAGAAUUGGAAACCUGUUCUGAUCGUGUUUCUGGUGUUCAUGUGCGGUCAGUUCAGUGGUUUCGCUGUUGUCACUGCCUACACCGUGGACAUCUUCAACCAGGCUAAUACCAACAUUGAUUCCAACACUGCCACCAUUAUUGUUGGCUUCGUCAGGUUCAUGUCGACCCUCGUCAGCGCCGUUCUGCUCGACCGCGCCGGCCGGAAGCCCCUCCUCAUCAUCUCCGCCAUCGGGUCGAGUGUCGGUAUGACCUCCAUCGGGGUCUUCUUCUAUUUCGAUCAGGAAAAGUCGUCUGAGAACAUCUCAUCUCUAGUGAGUAUCUCGCCCCCAGCCACGUCUCCUUUUUCAGCGUCUCUUAACCACGAACCCUCGGCCUUCCCCUCUUCCAUCCGGCGGCCCUGGGCUGGCCCCUACUCUUCUUCGCUCGUCUAUCGUGUUCUCAACGACUGCGCAGCCCUUGUCCUGGGUUCUGUUCAGUCUUCCCUGGCCGUGGACCCAUCGGGUCGUCUCUUGGGAUCUUCCGCCGAACGCGGGCAAACCCUGGAGGAGAUUGAGAAGUUCUUCGCCCCCCGCAGGAGUGAGUCCUUCUCGGGGGAGACGCCCUUGAGCAAGACCCCAGAACCUGAGCCUUAA